AUGGAGGACGAACAACCUACUGCUGCACAAUCAGUGAGCACUCCCAGCACAUCAGGAACGACUGUUAGAAGAGGUGGGCGGGUGAUAAAAGAUUAUAAAAAAUUUUCCCCGGAAUUAAUUGGGCCAAAAAAUAAGAAAAAAGAUGUGAUAAACAUUCAAAAGAAAAAUGCUGCACAAUUAGAUAAAAAGUCUGCAAUACAAAAGAAAAAUAACGAAGCAGCUGGUGAUAUGUUUUUUUUAAAAAAAUAUGAUGAAGCACAGGCCCUACAAACAAGUUCUGCCACGAAAGAAAUGCCAACGACGGCGAAUUCAAUGGAAUUUUCUCAGUUUCGUGAAGAAAUGACCGAGAAACUUAAUGAAUUGUCGGAAAGACAAAAUACAAAUUCUGAAAUGUCUCAUAAGGAAAAUGAUAAUUUGAAACAAAAAAUUGAUGAAACCAAAAUAGAAAUAAUUGAUGAGCUGAAAGUGGCGAUCAGAGAAAAUGCUGUCCUUCGACAGACUCACGAAAUUGUUGAAGGAAUUGCAAUACGCAAGUAUGAGUACAUGCGCGCAGAACAUUCAACAACAGUUUAUUCGCGGGUAAAAUGGUUAGCCUACGGUUAUUGGGACUACAAAAUUCACGAAACUCUAUACAUGGAGAAAAAGGAUGGACAGUCAGUUGAGGGAAUAAAUUUCAUUAGUCAUGAUGACUGUAACAAUAUUUGGAAGACUCAUGAAUAUUCCCCAUUUUAG